AUGCUGCAGCAGGGGCCCCCUCCUCCUCGUGCUGCUGCUGCUCUUGAGUUAUGUCUUCGUUAUAAUGAGUUCUUCCUCUCGGGUGUAUUGGCACCUUCUUCUUCUCCUCAAGAAGCAGAGAAGCUGCUGCUGCAGCUGCUGCAGCAGCAAGAGCAGCAGCAGCAGCAACAGCAGCAGCAGCAGCAGCAGCAGCAGCAGCAGGGUUGGGGUAUAGAAGAUAUUAGAUGGCGUUGGUUGUUUUGGGCCCUUGCAUGCCCAUCAAUAAGUUCUGUGCGCAGCAACGCUAGACAGCUGCUGCAGCUGCUGCAGGACCAGCAGCUGCAGCAGCAGCAGCAGCAGCAGCAGCAGCAGCAGCAGCAGCAGCGGGGGGCAUGGAAUUGCUUCAAGACAGUAUUAGAAUCCUUAGAGGAAUUUUCUCCUCAUCUAUUAGAGCAGCAGCAGCAAACAAUAAGAGGUCUAUGUGUUGCUGCUGCUAAGACAGCAGCAGCAGCAGCAGCAGCAGCAACAGGAACAGCAGCAGCAGCAGCAGCAGCAACAGCAGCAAAUCCUCUACAGCUGCAGCAGCAGCAGCAGCAGCAGCAGCAGCAGCAGCAGCAGCAGCAGCAGCAGAUGGAGAUCGUACGUCUUGGCUGUGUUGCAGUGUAUAUGCAAGCUGUAGGCCGCUGCUGCUGCGCAUACACCCCAAUGCGUGUCUUCUUAGAGGCUCUGCUGCUGCCUGAGCAGCAGACACUAUGGCAGCAGCAGCAGCAGCAGCAACAGGAGGAGGAGCAGCAGCAGCAGCAGGGAGGGGAGGAGUUGCAGCAGCAGUGGCAGCAGCAGCAGCAGCAGCUGCUGUGCGCUGUGCGUCUGCUGCUGCAGUCUAUUGCUGCGCAGCCCCAUAGUGUUAGGGGAGGCCUAUAUGAGUUGCUGCUGCAGUGUUUAGCUAUGCAUGCAGCGCAUGCAGCAGCAGGAGCAGCAGGACCAGCAGGAGCAGCAGCAGCAGCAGCAACGCAUGCAAAGUGUGUAUCUUUCUUUGGUUUUAUCUUUGCUGCUUUGCCACAAACUUUCUUCUUAAGACAACUGCAGCAAGCAGCAGACUACUGCAGCAGCAGCAGCAGCAGCAGCAGCAGCAGCAAGGAUCCCCCCGCGUUGCUGCAGUUGCUGCUUGCUGCCUUUAACUCUGUUGAAGCCUUCUCUGCUGCAGUGCAGCAGCAGCUGCAGCAGCGGCUGCAGCAGCAAUCCAGUGCUGCUAUGCAGUCAUACGAUUCGCAGCAGGAGCAGCAGCAGCAGCAGCAGCAGCAGCAGCAGCAGAGCUAUGAAGCCUUUAUGCUUUGCCGUCUUGUUGCUGCUGCUGCUGCUGUUGGGCCAGACAAAGAACUCUUUCGGAAGUUGGCAUCCUGCUGCUACGGGGAUGGCACUGCAUGCAAUCAGCAGCAAGAGCAGCAGCAGCUGCUGCUCUUAGCUGCUAUGAGCUGCGACGGUGUAGCUUUCCCUUUGCAAGAGCAGCUGCAGGAGCUGCAGCAGCAGCAACAGCAGCAGCAGCAGCAACAAGAGCAGCAGCUGCAGCAGCAAAUCCCUUCAGUUUCCUCGCUCAUUAUCUGUAUAUAA